UCUUCUCGCCCCUUCAUCCACAUAUAUACAUGAUUUCAUCCUCCCCAGCUGAAAACUAGCUGCCUCACACUCUACUACCGUCAACCAAAGCCAUGAGGGGUUUCCCGCUGGCCGGCGUGCUGGUGGCGCUGCUGCUCGCCGCCGGGGAGCUGCAUUGCGCGGCAACAGCGGCACCAGCACCACCAGCAAAGGCAUCGGCGCCACCGCCGCAACACCCAGGAGCGCCACCACAGCACGCACCACCAUCGCCUCCGCGGCGACACCGACCAUCACAUGGACAAGCCCCGCCGGUUCCCAGGAAGCAGGACCCUCCAUCAUCACCACCGCCACCGCCGCCGAAGCAGGACCCUCCGCCUCCAUCGCCGCCGCCGCCUCAGCAGCAGCAGGACCCUCCAUCGCCACCGCCACAGCAGAUCAUACCACCAAUACAGGUCGUGCCACCAAUUCAGGACCCCGACGCGGCGGCACCAGCACAGCCACCCAGGGGCGGCAACCGCUCCGCGGUCUGCACCACCCUCCUCGUGUUCGGGGACUCGACGGUGGACCCAGGCAACAACAACCGCCUGCGGACGACAGCCAAGGCCAACUUCCCGCCCUACGGCAUCAACUUCUACGGCCGCAGGCCCACCGGCCGCUUCACCAACGGCAGGCUGGCCACUGAUAUGCUGGGUAACAGUUACAUAUUUCUUCCUCUGUCUCCUUUUGCUGCUGUUGUUUCAGGAUACCUGACUUGGCAGAGUUGCGGCGGUUUUGCAGCGGACAAGCUCGGUAUAAUGAGGACCAUCCCGGGCUUCCUUGACCCGACGCUCAAGCUGGGGCAGCUCAGGAAGGGGGUGAGCUUCGCGUCGGCGGGCUCUGGAUACGACGAUAUCACUGCCAACACAUUAAGCGCGCUGCCAUUCCGGAGACAACUGUGGCACUUCUGGCGUUACAAGCAACUGAUCCGAGCCCUGCUCGGACUGAGAAGAGCAGAGCGAAUUGUUAACAGGGCUACCUUCAUCAUAAGUGCUGGUACAAAUGACAUGCUCCUAAACUACAUCGCGUCAAACCGAUCAGCUGGCCCCAUCGCCAUGCUGCGGUACGAGAACCACCUGAUAGCACGCCUCGGCAACUAUACCCAGGUGAUGAGGAUGCUUGGAGCGAGAAGGUUUGUGUUCGUCGGGCUACCCCCGAUCGGCUGUCUACCGAUCGCAAGAACAUUGCUCGGAAGGGAUCCAGAUGGAUGCGACAGCGACCUAAACCAGCUGGCGGCUUCCUUCAACUCGAGACUGGUUCAGCUGUCGAAUUUCGUCAACUACCAGCCCCGAAUGAAGAGCGCCUACAUAGAUACCUACACAAUCAUACGGGCGGCAACAGACAACCCUCAGAAUUACGGGCUGACGGAGGUGUCAAGAGGGUGCUGCGGGUCGGGGAUGAUCGAGGUUGGCCAGACAUGCAGAGGGCGAAGGACAUGCCCGGACCCAAGCAAGUAUAUGUACUGGGAUGCUGUCCAUCCAACAGAGACAACAAACCAGCUUAUCACAAGCCUGAUGCUGGACUCCAUUGCCGGAAUCUACAGCUAGACUCUCAAAGCUCCACAGCGAGACCAUUUCUGUUCUCUUUCUUUCUUUUACACCAGUGUCAUGUGCUAUACUCAACUGUACUGCAGGUGCAUGUGCUACUGCAGUUCAGUUGAGUUGUAAAACUAGAACGUGUUACUGUAACCUUUGCAACUGAAGAAAAAGACACAGAAUAACUACGGUGGAUCAGCAUGGGCAAAUUACAGGGCAGG